AGUAGUCUGUGAGACGUGGUUAAGGAAGAUCGCAACCAGUGAGCUCUGAAGUCGCGGGGAGAGAGAGCGCUUGACUUAAGAGUGAAGAACAGUGGGUAGUGGGAGUGGAUAAGGACAGAAUAAUGAAAUAUUGGAUUAUUUUAAGUGCGGUGCUAGCCACUGGCUGGUGCUGCGGCUUCCCCGGCGCGCCCUCGCACUCCACCGUCAGCUUCUCGGACGACCGCCUCGACACGGACACCGUCGCCACCUACUCCUGCGACCGCGGCUUCGAGCUGCUCGGCCCCGCCAGGAAGAUCUGCGCCGAGAACGGCACCUGGACGCCCGCGGGAAUCCCCUUCUGCGUGCUCAAUGUGGCCGCAGGGAAGGCGCCCAUGCAGUCGUCCGUGGCCGAGGGAGGCAUCCCGCAGAAGGCCGUGGACGGCUCGUCGGCCACGUCGUUCUCCACGGACACCUGCACCCUCACCAACACGGAGCGGAACCCCUGGUGGUACGUCAACCUGCUGGAGCCCUACAUGGUUCAGCUCGUCAGACUCGACUUCGGACAGUCGUGCUGCGGAAACCAGCCAGCGACGAUUGUGGUUCGCGUAGGCAACAACCGGCCGGAUUUGGGAGUCAACCCCGUGUGCAACAGAUUCGUCGGCCUGCUGGAGGAAGGCCGCCCACUCUUCCUGCCCUGCAAUCCUCCCAUGCCAGGCGCCUUCGUUAGCGUGCACUUCGAGGGUCCUCCAGGCGUCCAACUGUCCAUUUGCGAGGCUUUCGUCUACACUGAUCAGGCGCUUCCCAUCGAGCGGUGCCCGUCCUUCCGCGACCAGCCCCCGGGCAGCACCGCCACCUACAACGGCAAGUGCUACAUCUUCUACAACCAGCAGCCCAAGAACUUCGACGACGCCCUCGAGUUUUGCCGAAGCCGCGGAGGGUCUCUGGUGGACGAGACCAACCCCGCUCUGCAAGGAUUCCUCAGCUGGGAACUUUGGCGCAGACACAGGGGAGAACAAAACGGCCAGUACUGGAUGGGCGCCGUUCGUGAUCCUGAUGACGUCAAUAACUGGAAAUGGAUCAACGGUCGUGACGUAACCGUGUCCUUCUGGAACCUUCCCGGCGGCAACGAGAACUGCGCCAGGUUCGACGGCACCAAAGGGUGGCUCUGGUCCGACACCAACUGCAACUACGACAUCAACUUCAUCUGCCAGCACCGCCCCAUGACGUGCGGGAAGCCCGAGCAGCCGCCCAACUCCACCAUGGUCGCCGCCAACUACAACGUGGACUCGGAGGUGGAGUACCGCUGCGACCCCGGCCACGUCCUCAUCGGGCCGGCGCAGAGGACGUGCCUCGAGUCCGGGUUCUUUGAUGAGUUCCCGCCCACGUGUCGAUACCUGGAGUGCGGCCUCCCUGCCCCCAUCCAGAACGGCGGCUACUACUUCGUCAACGAAACUCGGCAUUACCUGAGCAUCGUCAGGUACGAGUGCAAGCCGGGAUACACGCUUGUCGGUCGAGCGGAACUUGUGUGUGAUAUUGACGAGCGAUGGAACGGCCCUCCUCCCCGCUGCGAACCGGUGCUGUGCGAUGCCCCUCCACCCCUCCUCCAUGGGGAAUCCUCCCUCUCUUCCCCUACCGUCACCGUCGGAACCUCCGUCAAUUUCGCCUGCGAUUCUGGAUACACACUCGUGGGGGCUUCCUCCCUCACGUGCACGGCCGCGGGGACCUUCGAUGGAGAGCCUCCGCGGUGCCAAGUGGACGAGGCGUUCAAGCCGGAACUUCCCGAGACGCGACCCGGCGAGUCCGGCAGCAGACCCGGGCGGCCGCGACCUCCCUACACGGACGUGAACGACAACACGGUGCAAGGGAACAGGCCCGUGAUGGUGACCGUGCUGCCGUCGCUCGAGGCGGGAGACAGCAACAACAUCAACAACAUUAACCAGGACAGAGGGCAGAGCGUGGACGGCCCCGCGUACAAGGAGGAGGGAGUCAAGGUCACGGAGAAGCUGCAUCUCGGUGGAAUCAUCGCCCUCGGAGUCUUCGGAGGCUUCGUCUUCCUCGCCGCCGUCGUCACCACCAUCGUCAUCCUCGUCAGGAGGUCCCGUGAAAUGUAAGGUGUUAGAGUCAUGAGUCCGUACGUGCGUUGUGUAGUGACGCUCUGAGCUGAUACUUGCCCUGGUUCACGCAGGACCCAGCACACGCCAAAGAAGUAUGUCCGACGCAACGACGACGGCACCGCCUCCUCCUACGACUCCUCCUCCUCCGACGGUCACGGGCUCAACAAGUAUUACAAGAGGGCGUGGGAGAACCUGAGGGAGGGCGGCAGCGGCAGCGGAGACCUUGAGAAAUCGAGCCACCCGCGCCUCUCCCGCACGGAGACGCUCGACCAGCCCGACUUCCGCUCCACGCGCUCCCUGGGCCACGAGGGCCUCCGCGACGGCUCCGAAAUGACCGUCAACGACGUGGCCGCCAUGUACACCCGCCCCGAGAAGCGCCGCCACCACCACCACCACCACGGCCACCGCCACAAGGGAGGGCGAGACGGGGAUCACCACGACCGCUCCGACCGCCACGACCACGACCACCACGACCGCACCGACCGCCACGACCGCCACGACCGUCAUGAACGCCACGACCGCGACUGGCGCGACCGCGACCGCAGGAAGUAUUAAGGGUAUUCCGAGACUCACCAAACGAACACAACCAAAGUGUGACGGCAGGAGAGACAGAAGCUGCGCCUCAUCGUCGGUAGUCUGUAAGAGCAAGCCAGGAACCUCUUCACAUAUCUUUGCUAUUUAUCGCCCAUUACAUAUCAUAAGGAUAUCUGAAGGGGGUUAAAGGGACCGAGAAGAAUUUGCUUCCCCUGCGCACGUGUCCACAGUGGUGCUACAAAACCCCGUAGUGUCUGAGCCAUCCCGAGGCAGGCUCCAGACUCGUGCUGACCUGGCUGCCUGUUUCUCCCUGCUGACGAUCUUGUUUAUGAACUUUUAUUUAUUGAUACAAGGAAAGUUGGUCUGGACUUAUGGACAAAACAAUGAGCAAAAAGCUAUCGAUCAGUUGUGAGUCGAUUGUGUCUGAAACAUUUUCAUCUCUCGGUGAUUUUCAGAUGUUAUUUUCUGCAUACUGUCUAACGUCACCCCGUUUGCCCUGCUUUCACUGUUGACAAUGCUAGAACAGUACAAGGACCUCAGCUAUAAAAUUUGUUAUCGCUUUGUUCACUUAGAUGAUGUUAAAACGUUUCUCUUUUGUUAUUCGGUUUACGGUAUUUGAUAAAUAUUUAUUCGAAAAUAUUUCCCCGAGGUGGGAUUUUCAACUUCAAGGAUAGAGUAAACUGCCACUCUAACUGAUGACUCAAGCGAAUCAACCUCUCCAUUAAGUCUGGUGUCCAUGUAUGUAACCUUGCUUUUUCGAGUAGAAUAUCUCCUCUCGAAAUAAAUAUGAAAUGAAGCAAUGGCAGUGGAAGGGAGAAUACAUCUCACACUCCCUUCCACGCGCAAUAUAAAGGCAGCCACUCUUCACCCUCGUGUAUACAAACGCUCCGACGCCACGUUGCUUCGCUCUCGAGUCGAACGUCCUUGAGGGGAUGGAACUCCUCACCUCGAAGGCGCUCAAGACCACUCCCUCCUCUCUCUGCCGCGGGACUGGUUUGAGUGCCAUCUGCCUCCUCCUUCACACGCAACUCCCGUGACGUGGAUUUGCUCAUUUGACGAAAUCUCUUUUAAAACCUUUUUUUAGGCGUAGUAGGACAGCGACGCCGAGAGAUUAUCAAUUAAGGGAUAAUUUGUGUUGUUUUCAUUGUGGUGUCUUCUUUUUAUUUCAUCCUAGGGGUUAGAGUAUCUUUCUCGUCAUCAACACUUUUUGUCCAUUUAUAGUCUUUUGAGGCAUUAAUUAUUUAUUUCCAUCCACAUUUUCUCUACCUUUUUAGGAUUUUUGCUAAAAAAAAUAUUUCCCUGUAUAUUUGCAUAGAGUAUUAUAUGAAACAAAUGCAAAUAUUGUUGUUAAUAUGAAUUGUAAACCUUAACAGUAGAUGUUUAGUUGCAUAGUAAAUAUUUUCUCUAUGUGUAAUCUUAAUAUGUACGUUAGUAAAGAAUGAUUUAGCAAGACAAUUAACUUUAUAUGUAUGAAUGUUUAAUGAUGGAUGAGCUAAGCUUGAAAUAACUGCACAACAUUAUAUGUAAAAAAUCAUGUAUGAUACAUAAUAAACAUUUCUAUACACGA